AAAAUAUUUGUUUUUAAUUUGUAUCUUUCAGAGAGUUUUGCAGCUAAUAGAUUUUACGUCGCUUAGUGGAUAUACAGCUUUGAAGACACCCAGUGUUACUUUCUUAUAUUGUAGUCAAAAUGUUUUAAACCUUCUCAUUUAAACACAUAUUUUGCUUUCCAUACCCUGGAUAACUUUGAAUCAGGAAAUAGAACUAGUAACCAAACUUGAGUUGCUUCGAUUUACUGAUUAGAGAAUCGUUUAACUUUAAGUGUCAAUAAAGGUAGAGGUUUAUUCGCUGGUAUUUUAAUUUUACGGUAUCUACGUAAUAAAAAUUAGGUCUUAUGCGUUUGCAGAAUAUAUGUCGAAAAUUUGCCACGUGCAUUAACACAUUUGUUACAAUGCCUUCAAAAAAAUUUGAUUAUCUUGUAAUUGGUGGUGGUUCUGGCGGUAUUGCGAGUGCGAGAAGAGCCGCAGAGUUUGGGAUCCAAGUUGGACUAGUGGAAAGUGAUCGCCUUGGAGGAACAUGUGUAAAUGUUGGUUGUGUCCCAAAGAAAUUGAGUUUUUACUGUGCUCAUCAUGCUGAAAUGAUACAUGACCUCAAAGAUUAUGGUUUUCUUAUGUCAGAAUAUCAACUGGAUUGGGGGACUUUCAAAAGGAAGAGAGAUGAAUAUGUGAAACGUCUGAAUGGAAUCUAUGAAAAUAAUCUAAUAAAGAGCAAAGUGGAACUCAUCAGAGGAAAAGCAAAGUUUGUUGGAGAUCGAGUAGUAGAGGUCAAUGAUAAACUGUAUAGUGGAAAACAUGUUCUGAUAGCUACAGGUGGAUAUCCUUCUAUACCAGAUAUUCCUGGAGCAGAACAUGGGAUUACAAGUGAUGGCUUUUUUGAACUUCAGAUAAUUCCAAAAAAAAAAACUGUUGUUGUGGGGGCUGGAUAUAUUGCUGUUGAGUUAAGUGGAAUUCUAAAUGCUCUGGGCUCCAAUGUGCAUCUUGUGAUUCGAAGAGAUAAGGUAUUAAGGAAUUUUGACUGUAUGAUCAGCACUGCAAUAACUGAAGAGAUUGUAGAAUCAGGUAUAAAAUUGGAAAAAAACAACCAGGUCAAGCAUGUUGAGAAGCAAUGUGAUGGAAAGUUGACAAUAUUGCUGAAAGAUGAAAAUAUGAUAACAGAUGUUGAUUGUCUUUUGUGGGCUAUUGGAAGAAAGCCUAGUAUUGAGUUACAGUUGAUGAAUGCAGGUGUCAAGCUGAAUGACACGGGGCAUAUAUUGGUUGAUGAAUACCAAAACACUUCUCACAGCAGUGUUUAUGCUUUGGGAGAUGUGUGUGGGAAAUUUCUCCUCACCCCAGUUGCUAUUGCUGCAGGUCGAUGUCUUGCCCACCGACUGUUUGACAAUCAACCUGAGAAGAAGAUAGAUUACAGUAAUAUUCCUACAGUUGUCUUCAGCCAUCCUCCUAUAGGAACUGUGGGUCUCACUGAAGAGGAAGCUCUUCAGCAGUAUGGGAGGGAAAACUUGCGAAUCUACAGAUCUGCUUUCAUACCUCUCUACUAUGCUAUUACAGAAAAGAAGUCAAAAUGUUUAAUGAAACUAAUCUGUCAUGGAAAGGAUGAGAAGGUUAUUGGACUACAUAUGAUGGGCCUUGGUUGUGAUGAAAUUCUCCAGGGUUUUGCUGUAGCCAUUAAAAUGGGUGCAACCAAAAAACAGUUUGAUGAAUGUGUGGCUAUCCAUCCAACCACAGCAGAAGAGCUUGUCACCAUGCGUUGAAUAGUGUGUGUGACAACAGAAGUUUAAAAAAAAUAUGAUGUGCUUUGAGGGUUCAGGUUCUAUAGUAUUUUACAAUGUUUUGCUUUUAAUAUAAUAUUAAGUUUCAUUUGUUAGUUUGUCACAGAAGAUUUGGAAUUAAUUGGAAAAAAAUAUUUUGCUUUGUUCACUUUAUAUACUUAGAACAUAUAUUACAUAUAUUUUUCUAUAGUAUUCAAAUUUAUUUUCAGUAAUUAUGUGUUUAAAACUUUUUCUGUAUAUGUUAUGAGGUUUUGAUUAAAGUACUUUAUUAUCAUGG